AAGUAUACUCUAAAAAUGCUGGUGAACCCAGGUAAACUGAAGGCCUUGUUUCGAGGAAGACAGCAAGACAUGGGACACUCGACGUCAGUUCAGAAGUCUAACAUCAGCAGUUUGUGUGCCUUCAGAUAUGGAACAGAAUCUCCAGGACAAGUUUCCUCAUCCCUCAAAUUGAAUGAUUUUACCUUAGGAAAAGACCAUGACAGACCCAAACCAACAGAAUCAUCCUUAGCUGGAGUUGAACAUGAGUUCUCAGAACGCUAUGGCCCCGUGUUCACUGUGUAUCUGGGCAUGAGGCCCACUGUGGUGCUGCAUGGAUACGAGGCAGUGAAGGAGGCCCUGGUUGAUCUUGGAGAGGAGUUUGCUGGAAGAGGCAGUUUUCCUAUGGCUGAAAAAGUUAAUAAAGGACUCGGAAUCACUUUCAGCAAUGCAAACACAUGGAAGGAGAUGCGAUGCUUAUCGCUCAUGACCCUGCGGAAUUUCGGGAUGGAGAGGAGGGGCAUUGAGGACCGAGUUCAAGAGGAGGCCCGCUGCCUGGUGGAGGAGCUGAGAAAAACCAAUGCCUUACCCUGUGAUCCCACCUUUAUCCUGGGCUGUGCUCCCUGCAAUGUGAUCUGCUCCGUUAUUUUCCAUAAUCGCUUUGAUUAUAAAGAUGAGGAGUUUCUUAAACUGAUGGAAAGAUUAAAUGAAAAUAUUAGGAUUCUGAGCUCUCCAUGGUUGCAGGUCUACAAUAAUUUCCCUGCUCUCCUUGAUUAUUUCCCAGGAAUUCAUAAGACCUUACUAAAAAAUGCUGAUUAUACAAAAAAUUUUAUUAUGGAGAAAGUGAAAGAACAUCAAAAACUCCUGGAUGUUAACAAUCCUCGGGAUUUUAUUGAUUGUUUCUUGAUCAAAAUGGAGAAGGAAAAUAAUUUGGAGUUCACUCUUGGAAGCUUGGUAAUCGCUGUGUUUGAUUUGUUUGGAGCUGGGACUGAGACAACGAGCACAACGCUGAGAUACUCCCUCCUGCUCCUGCUGAAGCACCCCGAGGUCGCAGCUAGGGUCCAGGAGGAGAUUGAGCGUGUGAUUGGCAGACACCGGAGCCCCUGCAUGCAGGACAGGAGCCACAUGCCCUACACGGAUGCUGUGAUACAUGAGAUCCAGAGAUUCAUUGACCUCCUUCCCACUAACCUGCCCCAUGCAGUGACCCGAGAUGUUAGAUUCAGAAACUACUUUAUCCCUAAGGGUACAGACAUCAUAACAUCACUGACAUCCGUGCUACAUGAUGAAAAAGCAUUUCCUAACCCAAAGGUAUUUGACCCUGGGCACUUUCUGGAUGAGAGUGGCAACUUUAAGAAGAGUGACUACUUCAUGCCUUUCUCAGCAGGAAAACGGAUGUGUGUGGGAGAGGGCCUGGCCCGCAUGGAGCUGUUUUUGUUCCUGACCUCCAUUUUGCAGAACUUUAAACUGCAAUCUCUGGUUGAGCCAAAGGACCUGGACAUCACUGCAGUUGUCAAUGGAUUUGUUUCUGUGCCACCUUCCUACCAGCUCUGCUUCAUUCCUAUUUGAAAGAGAACAAACUCUCUGCCUCUGUGCUGUUGUCUGCAACUCCUUCUCUUCAGAGGCAUUGUCUAUCCCUUCCUCUAUCAGAGACACCCUCCAUGACUUCUCUCACAUCUUACUAUUCCAUCAGAUCCACCAGAUCCAGUGAACACACAACCACAAUUAAAGGAGUUUAGUGGGAUCUUAUCGCAGGGAUAUCUGCUGUUUCCUACAUUCUGCAACACCUAUGCUGAAUUCCACAUUUGAUAAUUCAUAUCAAUGCUGCUUUACCGAGUCUUAUCACUAUAAAACAGAAAUAAAUAUUAAAAUAUGACAAUUUAGACCCAUACUUCAGUCUCCGUGUUAUAAAUAAAAAGAAAAUAAUAAUCCUA